CGUCCUGGGCUCUCUUCGCUUCUCUUCUGCAAGCUGGCCAGAAAGGACGGCAGCUGGCUCGGCUCGGCGGCUUCUGGUUUGUGGAGCUGCUUUUAAGGAUGGGUGGAGAGUGAAGCAGGAGCGGCGGCGCCAGUGAGCCGGAGGACCGAGUCAGGAUGAUACUGACGCAAAUUGAAGCUAAGGAAGCCUGUGACUGGCUGAAGGCUGCUGGUUUCCCCCAGUAUGCUCAGAUGUUUGCAGAUAUGCAGUUUCCAGUUGACAUAAAGACUGUGAGAAAAGAUCAUGAAUUUUUAGAUCAAGAUGCAAUAGAAUCUCUCUACAGACGGUUAAAUACCUUGAAUAAGUAUGCAGCAAUGAAGGUGGAAAUAAGUAAGCCAAGAAAGCGGAGUGAUGAAUCUGAAGAUGAAGAGCCUUGUGCAAUAAGUGACAAAUGGACUUACGAGAAAUGUACUGAAAGAUGGUCUCAUCUGGAAAAUACAGAGGUUUCUUGUGCACCAGGACCUGAUAACCUGAGACUUAAAAGCAAUGGCAGUGGGGAUAUUAUAUUUUCAGAUCAAGGAGAAAUACAUGACAAAUCUUCAGUUCACAGUUCUAGCAGUGGGGAUAGUGAUAUAAUCAGCUUUCCCAAAAUUUGUGAGGAUGUUGAGACCAGCAGAAGCUCUUCAACCUGUUCCUCAAAUAAAGUGGCAUCCCCGGACUCUGUUUUCAGUUGCUCCCCUUCUCUUAAUGAAACCUUGAAUAUGAGGAGUGAGGACAAGAGCUUGGAUAAACUGUGCCAUAAAAAAGGAAACAGUAUCUUGAAGAAAAUGGAGAAGCUGCGCUUAAGGAGUGGCAGUUGUAAGAAGGAGAUGCAUUUGAAGGCCAAAUUCAACAUUAGCGAGCCUAUUCUCCUAGAGGGAUUGCAUGAAGAAAAGUUGAGAAGCUUAAAUUGCAUAGACAUUUCAGAUGCACCAGCGAGUCGGGUAGAACAGCCUUCUUAUUCUCCCCAGACCUGUAGUAGCAGCAGCAGCAGCCAGUCCGAAAACAGUAGCACUGUGAGCACCCCAAGUCCUGUCAGCAAAGUAAGGAGACACAGUAAAAGAGGAGGAAUGUAUGCCGAAGAGUUUGAUCCCAACAAGCUUUCCUUAUGGAGUGAUUUUCCUGAGCAAAACUUCAACAGUGAGAUACGUUUGCACAAGAACAAAGUAUUUCAAGUACCCCAAGGCCAUAAGCCAGGGACUUUCCCCAAAGCACUUACAUAUAGUCUCUUAUCUCCGAAAGACAAUACUUCAGUGAACUGGAGAACUGGGAGUUUUCAUGGAUGCCAGAGGAGCAGGAAUCGGAUUAAUUCUCAGGAGCCUGAAGUGUCAUGUGGCUCUCCUUCACUGAUGGAUAACAGACUGAGUAUAUAUGACAAUGUGCCAGAAAAUCAUCUUCACAAAAUUAAUUCACCAGAGACUGAUGACGAUGAUGUCUUUACAGAACUAGACAGUGUUAUGGAACAUGUUAAUGGACUCAGGAAGUUGGUCAGUCAGUGGACGGAGAAAUUAUCUGAUGAUGGAGACUCUGAUUCUGCAAGUUACUCUAACCAAUCCACUUCUCCAUGCCCAUCAUCUCCUAAAGAAAUCCAUCUUGAAAUUAAAAAACAGUCAGAAGAAAAAUCACCAGAAUUGCCAAUUAUUGAUGGUGAAGACAACUGCAAACACAUUGGUGAACAUGGUCUCAUGGAACUGACGUAUGUAAUGGGAACAGGAAUGAUACCAACACAUUCCAUCAGACAUGUCAGGAGACCCUGGUCUAGUAGAGAAGGUACAAAUUUUGAAAGUCUUUCUCUACAAAUUGACAGCCAAUCAGCAACUCAUCUGAACCGCAUGCAAAAGCUUGCUUUGUUAAAAUUAACUACUUUAAUGGACAAAUACUCUCCUUCUAGCAAACAAGGAUGGAACUGGACUAUUCCAAAAUUCAUUCGAAAAAUAAAAGCCCCUGAUUAUAAAGACAAAAAUGUAUUUGGAGUACCAUUACUGUUAAAUGUUCAAAGAACAAGUCACCCCCUUCCAAGGGGCAUAUUCCAAGCCAUGGACUACUUAAGACACCAUUUUCUUGACCAGGUUGGUCUUUUCAGAAAAUCUGGUGUUAAAUCUAGGAUUCUUUACUUAAGAGAUAUGAAUGAAAAUAAUCCAAAUAAUAUAAAUUAUGAGGGGCAGUCAGCCUUUGAUGUGGCAGACAUGGUGAAACAGUAUUUCAGAGAUCUCCCAGAACCUAUAUUCACUAGCAAGCUCUGUGAAACCUUCCUGCACAUCUAUCAAUACCUACCAAAAGAUCAGCAAUUUUGUGCUGUCCAAGCUGCUAUUCUUCUGCUUCCAGAUGAAAAUCGUGAAGCUCUGAAAAUUCUGCUGUACUUCCUCAGGGAUGUUGUGAUGUUUGUGGAGAAAAAUCAGAUGACUCCAACUAAUAUAGCUGUGUGCCUGGCACCAUCUUUAUUCCACCUCAAUACAUUGAGGAGAGAUAGUUCAUCAUCUUCUAGAUCCAGCCAAAGGAAGCACAGUACAGGAAAACCUGACCAGAGGGAUUUGAGUGAGAACUUGGCUGCAACGCAAGGCCUGGCCCAUAUGAUCAUGCAGUGCCACAGACUAUUUGGGGUACCCAACUACUGCCUCGAUCAGGGGUAUGAAAAUGUACACAACCAAAGUGGCUCAGGUGAAGUAGCUUCACAUCAAGCCAUUUUAAUGAAGUAUUCUAACAUAGUGACAUCCCUGGAGCACUUCAUGCAGGACUUACUCAGAGAUGCCAAGGAAAAAUUCAAGAACUGGGUCACUUGCUCCACCUUAGAAGGAGUAGAUUCUGCAUAUAAGAAGGGGAAUGAUGACUACCACAUCCGGUUAUGGAAAACUUCGGUUGAAAUUGAUGCUGUUCCUAAAGUUGUUCUACAUCGGAUACUGAUGGAACAACAUCUGUGGGAUCCAAAUCUUCAACAGACAAACAUUCUGGAGAUUUUAGAUGAUGAAACAGAUAUUUAUCAGUACACGGCAGCAAAUAUGUCUCCACUUCCUUCAAGAGAAUAUGUGGUCUUGAGGACUUGGCGAACUGAUCCUCAAAGUGGCACGUGUGUCCUAGCAGCUACCUCAACAGAUAACGAAGGUGCUACUGUGAAUGGGAUCUUGGCUCAGGUCAUACUUUACCAGUACCUUAUAGAAGUUGUUGUUGGCUCCCAGAAAUCCAAAGUGACACAUGUUUGUCAAAUAGAUACCAGGGGCCGGACCACAGAAUGGUACAAAAGGGCUUUUGGUCAUAUCUGUGCUGCAGACUUGAUAAGGCUUAAAGAUUCUUUCAAAGCAUCACCUUACUGAAACAAACCCAAAGACGACAAUUUGAUGCUUCUGGAUAUGAAGGCAAUGCAAGAUGGCUUGAGUUACCAUUUUCAAAACCUAAGCUUAAGCUAGUUAGCUUUUUAAAAUUCUGAUAAACUGAGAAAGUAAUAUAUAAAGGGAACAGAGAAGAAUUUUACGAAUGAAAGUUUCAGUUUAAACAUAUCCUUCAACUGAAUAAUUUACACAUUCUUUUAUAGUAUUUUACCAAGAAAAUGGAAUUAUUUUGAUUACUUCUUAAUUUAUUUAAAAGGAACAUCUUUUAAUUUUCUAUUUUAACUAAUGUGUAAAUGAGAUAUAUUUUUAGAUGUUUUAUUGAUUGAAAAUGUGAAAGCAGUAGUAAAAUAUUUUAGCAGCUUACAGCCUGCUCAGCUUUUAUGCUGAAUAUUUGUUUUUUAUUAUUGUAACAUAUUAGGAAACAGUGAUGCUUGCAUAGGAAACUAAGCUAUGCUACAUUCUAUCUAUUGGUCAUAGAUAUCUGUGUCUUGAGUAGCCACAAACAUCUACUUGAGGAUUUAAACAUAAAAAUUUUUAAUGCAGGAAUUUUUCCAUUUGCUUUAUAAGACACGCUCAAGGCUAUGUUCAAAGCAGAAUAGGCACUUUAAAUUGAACACGUUUACCUUUGUGAAAUAGUCUAUUAAACAAUGACACAUGGAGCAGCAAAACAGCUCCAGAUUCACAUUCUGUGUUUACUGAGUAUGCUCAGUUUUCAUUUGUUUCUUUGGGGUAUGUUUCUUUUGUACUGAAAAUGGGGACUUGAAGAUAAUCUCACCUUUUAAAAAAAGUCUCUACAGAUGGCUAUGAGUAGCUUGGAUGGAAGGAUUUUGAACAAGAAAUUGAAUCAGAAAAUGACUGGUUUUAUAUACAUGCUAAACCACAAGUUACUACGUAUUUGUGUCUGUACAAUAUAGCAAAUCAUACUGUGGCUUACUGCAGUGAGUGAACCCAGUCAAUGGUGUAAUUUUAUCCUUGUACUACUCGUACUUUUUUUUUAACCACUUUACGUCUGCAUAAUUGUCUGUUUUCUCACUCCAAUAUAAUGGAACAUUGUAUCUUUUAGACAUUUUGUGCGGCCCUUUAGAAUUUUUUAUUCAUUUUUUAAACAAGUUACCCCAAGUUUGCUAGUACUUUUUGCAUGUGGAGUACAUUUUUGCUUCUAGCUCCACAACCUUAAAAGGACUCAAAGUAUUACAUAAUUAGUAUUUUCCUUAAUUGCUAUAAAAUGUGAUAUUGGUUUUCCAGCUGCAUAAGCUUGUAAUCCACAGUUCCUAAUCAAUGGAUGGCUGCUAAUACAUGAGACCCAACCUUACAGUUAACUAAAUAAAAUCAAGGUAAUCAAAUUAAGAUAUAUGAUUACCCAGUGGGUAUAGCAUAACAAGAGGAAUUCUAAAAAAUGGCUAAUUCAGUUAAGUAUCUGCCCUAUUUUUGGUGACAACCCCCC